GAUGUAUCUAUACAUUUCAGUUUCAAGUUUUCAUUCAAAUUUAUCCAAAAUGAUCUUCGCACCGGAAGUUUCAAGAGAGUGGCUGAAGGCAAUGUCGAAAGUCUUGGAAGUUUAAAGUUCAGGAUUCGAAUCAGGAUUCAGGAGGUGUCAUCAGCACACGGGCGCGAAUGGCGUGGCAACGCAAACUCGCUGGCCUCGUCGCCGCCGCUGCCGUCCUGCUCCUGUGCGCGGGCGUCGAGACGGCGCUGGGGGCGAAGCGGACGGCGAUCCCGGACGACCUCCGGGACGUGGUGGACGACGAGGAGGACGAGGAGUGGCGGCAUUGGGGCGCCGCCGCGAGGCCCGCGCGGGAUUUGCCGCCGCCGCCGCCGGAGGAGCUGUUGCGGAUGGACCCCGCCGCGGUCCAGGCCGAGCUCCUCCGCCACCACACCGGCCCCUCCCUCGGCUUCGUCAAGCUCCGCCCCGGCGUCCGCCGCUCCCGGGAGGACGUGAUGGGGAUCGCGACGCGGUGGAGCAACGUGCUGCGGACUGGAUCGGUGGCGGCCAAGUUCGCGGCUGUUGAUUUCGGGACGCUCAUGUUCACCAUGGAGAGAGGCCAGGACACGCUAGAGUUGAAAGAGUUCGUUUUGGGCCAGUCAGAAGCUUACGAGAUCAAGAUUGGGGAUCAAAUUUCCCGGAGGCCUGGAGACCCACCCCUUGACAAGGCUAUCGAGAUGCUACGGAAAGAGAAGGCGGAUAAGUCGAAAGACGAAUUCUAGCUUCAGUUUGAAGGCGCCUUUCUUGCUGUUCCUGUAACACAAGUUCCUUUGCUGCGCUUUCGUUCCUUUGCUGCGCUUUCUUCAGUGCUCUUCUUCUUUUAUAGUUUUGCAUCAGUACGUAGCAGCUACUCCACCGAUUAAUAAGUGCAGCAUGUUAUGCUAAUACUAGUAAAAAAAAUUAGAGCUACGCACGAUCAGAACAGAAGUAUUAGCUCAUUAGUUGCCCCUCUUUGCCUGACAGAUCGAUGUAGUUGAAACUCCCUAAUUCGAAAGUGUUAUAUAAUGGCCUGUGGUGUCGUUGCGUUA